AUGGACACUACAAACGACACACCUAACAUCGACGUACCUCUUACACCACCUGCAUCUCCCAGACUGUCUCCGAGACGGCCAUCCGUCAACAGAUCUCCUCCACUAUGGCGACUGUCAAGCCUGGAAAGUAUCCUCGAGUACAAAGCAGCAAGCAAACAAGAGAAGGAGGUCUCAGUGACCACAUCAGAAAUCAACUCGUCCGAAUAUGCUCCUAGUAUCACGAUUGACCGAAGGUUCCGAUCAACUGCGGCCGAAGUGGCAUUCUGUUUUAGCAUGGGCUUGACACAACUCUUAGCAGAAUACAUGAUUUCGGGAUUCGCAGUAGUGCUUCCAGAGCUACUUUCACGCUUCACAGACGGUGAAACUUCAGACUUUUGGCCAGCAACAGUGCUUUCACUUGUGCUUUGCUCGACUUUGUGCUUUACAGCACGUCUAUCCGACAUGUAUGGAGGCUAUCCGGUCUUCAUGAUCGCCGUGCUUUGGUUAUGCAUCUGGUCGGUCAUCGCUGGAUUCAGUAGCAGUCUGAUAGUCGUAGACGUCUGUCGAGCUAUGCAAGGCUUGGCCAUCGCCGCCUAUACACCUAGCAGCUUUGCCUUGUUCGGCGCCAUCUACCCCAACGGUCCUCGAAAGAACCUCGUCCUGGGUAUAUAUGCAGCUUGCUCGCCUCUUGGGUUCUUUAUGGGUAUUCUGGUCGCUGCUGCACUUCCGACUGAGAAAUGGAACUGGUGGUUCUGGAUUGCGGCAAUGAUGGCCUUUGUGGCGUUAGUAUCCGCUUAUAUUUCUGUGCCAUCGGAUCGUGCAGACAGACAGCAGCUUAACCUCACCAUGGAUUGGAGUGGCGCCGUCACUAUCACUGCUGGUCUGAUCUUGGUCGCAUACGCACUGGCUGCCAGUUCUGGCUCGCUCAGCGCAUGGAAAACUCCAGGCAUUCUGGUUCCGUUCAUCAUCGGCCUUAUAUGCCUUGCACUUGCGCUCUACGUUGAGUUUUGGUGGGCAAGUUGUCCCUUGCUGCCGAAGGGGUUCUUCGAACCAACAUGCUUUUCACCGCUCAUAAUUGCGUGUGUGUUCUUCUACGGCAGCUUUGGCACAUGGCUUUUCACGACCACCAGCCAUCUCACACUGGCAUACGGCGUUACUGGUAUCAGAAUGGCAUGGUGGUGCGCACCUUUGGCUGUUGGUGGCGUUCUCUGCGGCCUUGUCAGCGGCCGUCUGAUUCAUCAUGGCUCGCCAACAUGGACCCUGGUCGUCUCGGGAGUUGCUUGGGUAGCAGCUCCACUCUUGCUGGCUCUCGGUAGCACUUCAAUGGGUUACUGGCCAUUUGUAUUCCCAGCCAUGGUCUGCGCUACUGUGGGCAUCGACAUUACGUACAAUAUCGCCAAUCUUGUCUUGUCGAGCCUGUCUCCAUUGAAAUGGCAGGGUCUGGCUGGAGCUGUCAACAGCACGACUGUCAAUCUUGGCAUUGCUUUUUCUCUUGCCAUCACACAGGUCAUCCAAACUGGAACAGAGGGCCAAGAUCCCAGUAUCGAUGACAGACUGCGUGGACACCGUAAUUGCUACCUGUUUGCUGCUUCUAGUGCUGCAAUUGGACUUGCAGUCACAGCUGUCUGUGUUAGAAUACCAAGAGAGUGUGUUCAGUCAAAGAAAGACGAUGACGAACAGGGUAAAGAUCAGAUCGAGAUGGUGUAA